UUAUGAUAAUAACAAUAAUAUUUGAAUUGUGAUAUUGUUUGAUUCGAAGAAGGGAUGAGAGGGGUUGUAACAGACUAACAGGAUUCUGUUAAGCUCCAAUUCCAGAUUCCCUCUCUCGCUCGCCGCAAUCUCCAUUCAGGUUUUAUGUACAUGAAUCCUUUGACAACCGAGUUGUAUCUAAUGAGUUUCACCAUGAUAGAUUUGGCAAUUUCAAUUUUGAGGUUGGUCACGAGCCCUGAUGCUUCCGGUGCAUCUAUUUUUGGAUGUUUAAUCACGGGAUCAUUAGGAGUUAUGGCAGUUAUAUAUGCUGUUCUCAAGUGGCAGCGAAGAUCAUCUUUGAAUUGGAUCAAAGCUGCAGCUAGAGAAAAGAAGAAAGUUUGGAAAAAGUUUAAAGUACCUUUAUCAGAUCAUUUGUGGGUUGAGGAUUUUACUUAUGGGGAACAGCCAUCCACUUGUUGUUUCUGCUUGACUUCCCUUUGGCCUUCUCAAAAUUUAGGGACAACAGCCUCGCCGGGCACUCCUCUCCAUCGUUGCUCCGUUUGUGGUGUCGCAGCUCAUUUCCUUUGUUCCCAGUUUGCAGCAAAGGAUUGCAAGUGUGUGGCUCAGGCUGGUUUUAGCCAUAUUCGACACCACUGGUCAGAAAGAUGGGUUAAUGUGGAUGACAAUCAUGAGAUGUCUGCCUUCUGUUUUUACUGCGAUGAACUGUGUGGUGGUGUUCCAUUUGUCAAAGCUUCUCCCACGUGGCAUUGCCGGUGGUGUCAGCGCCUCAUUCAUGUGAAAUGUCAUAACAAAUUGACUGGAGAUUCUGGUGAUUUUUGUGAUUUGGGUCCCUUGAGGCGAGUUGUCCUCUCUCCUCUAUGGGUCAAAGAAGUUGAUGAAGAUCAAAAGGGAGCGAGACCAAGUUCUAUUAUAAACUCAUCUGUUCAUGGUCAGGUUAGAAAACGGCGUAAUCGCAGUAAAAGCUUAGGUGGUUUCCAUACUAAUGGUAAGUCAAGUGGUUCCUCGGUUACUGAUGCAACAUUCUUGGAAUAUAUGUUGAAUGAUAUCGAUUGGAAUGAUCCCAGUGAUGAGAAGCUCUUUGAAUACAUGAAUAAUGGUAGAGUAUUAAAAAACGGUAUAACUGCUGGCCCUAGCCUAAUCAAGAAAUACACAUUGGUUGAUUUGCCACAUGAUACAAGGCCACUUUUGGUCUUCAUUAAUGCCAGGAGUGGUGGGCAGCUUGGGCCUUCUCUUCAUAGGAGAUUGAAUAUGCUACUAAAUCCUGUUCAGAUCUUUGAAUUGAGUGCUUCUCAAGGUCCUGAGGUGGGCCUGGAAUUGUUCAAAAGUGUACGAUAUUUUAGGGUAUUGGUAUGUGGUGGGGAUGGCACUGUUGCAUGGGUCCUUGAUGCUAUAGAAAGACACAAUUUUGAGUCACCUCCACCAGUUGCAAUUCUUCCCCUAGGCACGGGAAAUGAUUUGUCCAGGGUGCUGAAUUGGGGAAGAGGCUUCUCUGCGCUUGAUGGACAAGGCGGGUUGACCAUGCUUUUGCAUGACAUUAGCAAUGCAGCAGUUACUAUGCUAGAUCGCUGGGAAGUUAAAAUUGCAGAAGAAAAUUCGGAAGGAAAACCAAAUAAAGUGAAAACUAAAUCCAUGAUGAACUAUCUAGGCAUUGGAUGUGAUGCCAAGGUUGCAUAUGAAUUUCAUGUUACUCGAGAGAUAAAUCCUGAAAAGUUUUCAAGUCAGUUUUUCAAUAAAUUGCGAUAUGCAAAAGAAGGAGCAAGAGAUAUUAUGGACCGAACUUGUGCGGACUUGCCAUGGCAAGUAUGGCUUGAAGUUGACGGGACAGACAUUGAAAUUCCUAAGGAUUCAGAGGGCUUAAUUGUGCUCAAUAUUGGGAGCUAUAUGGGUGGAGUAGAUCUUUGGCAAAAUGACUAUGAGCAUGAUGAUGAUUUUAGUCGUCAAUUCAUGCAUGAUAAAAUGCUUGAUGUGGUAUGUGUUUGUGGAGCAUGGCACCUAGGAAAACUUCAGGUUGGACUUUCGCAAGCAAGAAGGCUAGCUCAAGGUAAAGUCAUCAAGAUACACUCUUCCAGUCCUUUCCCAGUUCAAAUUGAUGGGGAGCCAUUUAUCCUACAACCAGGCUACUUGGAGAUAACACAUCGUGGGCAGGUAUUCAUGUUGAGGAGGAUUUCAGAAGAUGAGCCUAAAGGGCAAGCAGCUGCAAUUAUGACAGAGGUAUUACUAGAUGCCGAGUGCAAGGGCAUUAUUAAUGCAUCUCAGAAGAAAGUUAUUCUACAGGAUAUGGCCAUCCAUCUUUCUUAAGAUCCAUCUCUCGUUCAGCCCGUUUAUAUAGUGUUGCCCAUAAAUGGGUUUUUGUCCUCUCUAAUCCUUUUUUAUAGGACCAUUUUUGGUAAUUCUCCAACUUAGAGAGAGAAAAAUGUAGUUCCACGAAGAAGCUAAUUACUAAUAUAAGAGUGAAAAAUGUGCGGCGGCAUAGUCAAGGUUUUUCUUUUACUCUUGUUUUCCGGCUAACACCCUACGCUGUGUAUAUUGUAACCGGCGUAACAUAUUUUCUUGA